AACGAAAUUUGGUUAUCAAUUCCUGGAAAGCAGUAGGUAUACUAAACUUAUAAGACUUAUAAAAAUAUUUCAAGCAUUUUCUGUGCGUUUUUCACAAAAAUGUUUGUCUUAAAUCGUCCUUGCUAUGUCAUUUGCACCUGUGACACCUUGAAUAUGUGGCAGUCGUUGAGUACACAAUAUUCGCCUCUGAUUUCGUUGUUUCACCUAAGAUGUAAGGUCACAGAAAAAUUAGUACUGGAGAAAACGGAAUAAAAAGGCCUGGCUGAGUGUUGAAUAGCAUCAUUCGAUCUUCUGUUGGCAUCAAGCUAACAGCUCGUCCUUUGGCUUUUAUUUGCAAUUCAUAAAGUUGUUUUAUCCACGGCAAGAUGAAGGGACUUUUCAUCUCGAAAAUGGUUUUACUAGUUGCGUUUUGCGUCUGGAAUUGCCAGGCGGAUAACGUGACCGAGACGGCGCAAAAUGACCGGACGAAACGGUUCAUCCUCUUCAAGCAAUCUAAAGGCAUGGGCUUCGGUUUGGGUGCUGGACCAAAAGCAAAAGCUUUUCCGGCUAUGUCAAUGGUCGGCGUCGUCGAGCAACCUUAUCCAGUUCCGGUAGGCGUUCCGGAAUAUCCUGCAUACGCUCCUCCGAGUUAUUCACCACUCGCCUACGCACCGCCUCCAAGUUAUUCACCACCUGCAUACGCCCCGCCUCCCCCUGCUUACAGUCCCCCUGCUUACAUGCCACCUAUGGCACCCAUGCCACCUGCUUACAGUCCCCCUGCUUACAUGCCACCUAUGGCACCCAUGCCACCUGCAUACAGUCCUCCUACGUACAGCCCUCCUGCUUACAGUCCUCCCGCUUACGAAGCUCCUAGCUACCCCAUGCCGUCUUAUUCUCCUCCAGCUCCUCCAGCCUAUGCUCCUCCAGCCUAUGCUCCUCCAGCUCCUCCAGCCUACGCUCCUUCGGCUCCUCCUAGCUACCCCAUGCCAGCACCCCCAGCAUAUUCUCCUCCAGCUCUUCCUAGCUAUCCUGCUCCUGCUCCAAUGUAUCCUUAA